AUGACCUGGUCAUUGUAUUCACCACCGUAUUGGUCUACCGACAUCGACCGCAACCGCGUCGGGCUCGAGGCCUCGCGGCCUUUAGGGCUUCUUUGUGAUACCGACGCCAAGUCUGAGUCCGAUCCGAGUCCGAGUCCGCUUCUGAGGUCAGGCGAAUUCGAAAUGGGGGAAACGAGCCAACGCGAGAGCCGACACGAGAGCGAAACCGUAAACGCGGAAAUGGAAACUCGGGGCGUCCUCGUGACCCCGUCCCAGUCUGUCGUCCACCGGCGCGUCUUCUCCCGCGCACGUAUCGACAAGCGCGACAGGUUCGACGGCCGAUACGCGCGCGCGCAAGUCUUACAAUAG